AUGCUUAGGCGCCAGAUUGGCACGCUUCUUAAACUUGUUCUUCUGCUUUUUGGUACGUCUUUCCGUUAAUUCUCAGUCGCAAUUGAUUUUCAGUGGCCCCGAGGAACCUCAGAGCUCAGCGCCGCGAUUCUUUGGAAGACAUUCCCAGUUACAUUGAGGGUUAGAAGGCAAACUGAAGUCUCCUAACAUGACUAAUUCUUCAGAACCUACACCGAUUCCAAAAGGAAUCUUCCAUUACAGUGACACCGCCCAGAACAUUCAGUCCAAGUUCCGAGUACCCGACUUCGAAGCUGUGCGUUAAUUUGCAUUGUUUUGAAAUCAUGGAGCAUUCAGUUGGAUCCGAUUCGCGUAGCUGCGGACCUGAUGAGCUCUGCGGUCAAGGCGGACACCGACAGACAUACUUUGGCUGGAUUUCAGAUCCCUAUUUCGCUGACCGGAAGACCGCUCAACUUGCAGGUAAGAGUUGAUUGAUUAUUUAAGGUUAAAUAGGAGUUUGCUGAAAAUUAAUUUUAACAUUGAGCUAUACAGCGUUACCGAAAACCUCAAUUUGCGGGGAUUCUUUUUUUGUUGUCUUAAUGAAGUUUUUUACUUGGAAGCAUCGUGAUUUCAACUGAAAAAAAAAGUUGACGCCUUUUCCCUACCAUCAUGGUUUUGGUAGGGCACGCCUAGCUCAGAAAAUUUAAAUUUUAAACCUCCCUUGUUAGAACUGCAAAAUAUCAAUUUUUCAGGUUGUUUUAUUAGUGACUUUAGUUAUCAUUUCUAAACUUUAAAAAAAAAGAUAAGCUUUGGAAAAUUUUUCAGUUGGACGGACAGUCGCGAGCCGGUGUCAGUCUGGCUGAGUCGAUGCGAGGCGAUCAGAAGCCCAAGAAAAACUCGGCCGAGGUCCGCAAGACGGAGCCCCGCUCUGAAAUGACGCCCGAAGCCAGGAACGCUUUUCACAAAGCUCGAGAAGUCUGCAUCCGACAGACUGAAUCGUCCUGCGACGAGGUGAGUCAUUUGCUCUUUUUAUUCUGUCUUUUGUUGGAAAAUAACUCUUUUUUGCUUAUCAAGGCCCUCGACACGUUCCAUCGCGUAAGGUAUGGCAAAUCCCUUCUUGUGGAUGAAGAAACCCAAGGAUUCACGCAAAUCAUCGAGGAUCGUUUGCGAGAAAUGGAUAAGGUUUGAAGCAGUUAAUCUAUUCAAUUCUUUUUUGAACUCUGACAUUAUUUCUGCUUUCCAGACAAGUACCGAUGCGGCACCUUCGAGUUCGUCAGAACAAGAAGAAGAAGAAGAAGAAAAAGAAGAAGAUGAUUUCCCUGACGAAGAAAGAGAAGAACACCCCUUCUCAAACAUUCGGUUGCUCUCAUCAAGAAAAUCGCCCCCAAGGAGAACAAUCCCACUACGACCCACCGUCCAUGACAAAGCAAGGCAGUUUUUGAGAAGAAUAACAUGA